AUGGCGGCGACCACGGCCGCGGCUGUGCGUCGGCUCUGCGCGGCCGCCGAGGCGCGGUCUGCUCUGGCGGUGCUCGCCCGCGGGACGAAGUCCGGCGACGCGGCGCUGGACGUGGCCGCGUGCACCGCGCUGGUCCACGGCUGCUGCCAGAGCGGCGACGUUGCGGAGGCACGCAGAGUGUUCGACGUAAUGCCGCGCUUGGGCGUGGCCCCUAACGAGGUGUCGAUUGCAGGCCUAUGCAGGCACGGCAAGCUGAAAGAUGCCGCCCAGCUGUUUGAAGCGAUGAGAAGGGAGGGUAUCCGUCCAAGCAUGGUGACGUUCAAUCUUCUAAUUGAUGGCUAUGGCAAGGCUGGGAAGAUGUCUAAUGCCUUACAUUUCUUCAAUCAGAUGAAGGCGGCAGGGCUGCAACCUAGUGUGAGAUAUAGCCCGGGCAACAUGAAGGAGUGCGGUUUGGCACCCACAAAAGUGACGUACACCAUACUCAUUGGUGCAUUUGCUAAGGAAAAUGAAAUGGACAGGGCAUUCGAGAUGCUUUCAGAGAUGGAGAAGGCUGGGUUGGAAGUGGAUGUGCAGAGUUAUGGUGUUCUCCUGCAUGCGCUCUGCAUGGAAGGGAAGAUGAUGCAUGCCAGGAAACUGUUUCAAUCAAUGGAUUCGAAAGGUGUCAAACCGAAUAGUGUGUUAUAUGACAUGAUGAUCUACGGAUAUGGGUGGGAAGGGAGCUCAUAUAAGGCUUUGAGAUUGAUCAUGGAAAUGAGGAAGAGUGGAUUGAUUCCGAAUGUUGCUAGCUAUUGCCUAACGAUCCGCCUUCUCUGCAAUGAAGGGAAGUGCCAGGAAGCUGAGGCUUUGAUUGGUGAUAUGGAGCAUGCUGGUUUGCAAACAAGUGAAUCCAUCUGCAGAGUACUAUUCGAUGCUAAGGCAAGAUUGCAUAGUUCUACUGAUGACCCUUUUACUUACAGUAGCCAGGCACAUUGUUUCUGUUAUCUGCCAGGGAAUAGGUUACUAUAG